AUGAAGCUCCAAGAUCAUUUCCCGACUUUGUGUCUACUGCCCCUUUUGUCUGUUGUUGAUGCAGCACCAGCUCGAAGGAGCAUCAAUGCCCCUUUAAGAGGAUCCGAAGCGCUUCUCGGGUACUCUUCCACUGAAAAGAUUGCUAGUGGAACUCAGCCAGACAUUGAGUAUAGUCUUCUUCCUGGCCAAACGGUCAGUCCGGAUAUCGGUGCCUAUCUGGACUUUGAGGAUGUCGAAAAUCCCCAGCCUAUCCGAGGCUCCACUGGGAGUGAUGAUCCCGGCCCCCGUAAUUAUGCAUACGAUCGAAUCAACAGUGACAAACUUGCUCCUCCUGGCACAGACAACGGUCAAACUAUCAAUGCCCAGUGGCCUAUGGGUCUUAGCCACAACCGACUUGGCCAAGAUAAUGCUGGAUGGGCUCGCCAGGAAAAUACGGUGGUGAUGCCGGCUGCAACGGAAAUGGCCGGCGUUGAUAUGCGACUUGAACCCGCUGGUUAUCGUGAGCUGCAUUGGCACGUCGCCGCAGAAUGGUCUCUGGUGUUGAAUGGCUCCUGUCGUAUCCAGGCCGUCGACCAGGAUGGACAGACUUUCGUUGAUGACCUUACUGCAGGUGAUGUUUGGUUUUUCCCACCAGGAAUUCCUCACUCCAUUCAAGCACUAGACGAUGGAGUCGAGUUUCUCCUUGUCUUUGACCAGGGCGACUUCGACGAGGAUAACACAUUCCUUGCUACGGAAGUUUUCCUUCAUACCCCCAAAUCGGUUUUGGCGAAAAACCUCGGCUUGAAUAUCUCAGCCUUUGAUGAUAUUCCAGACAACGAGCUAUACAUCUUCGAAGGCACCCCUGCACCAGAUGACAUUGAAAAGCAAAAUGUCACGACUCAAUCUGGCAUUAUUCCCCGAUCCGAAAGCUACUCCUACCACUUCUCUGAGCAGCCCGCGCAUGAAGUCGCCGGCGGGUCAGUUAAAAUCGUUGAUCCCCUCACCUUUCCAAUUGCCAGUAAUUUCUCUGCCGCCAUUGUCACUGUGCAUCCUGGUGGCAUGCGAGAAAUUCAUUGGCACCCCACUAGUGAUGAGUGGACAUUUUUCAUCAAAGGGCAAGCCCGCGCAACGUUGUUUUCGGCGCCUAACUCUGCGACGACGUUUGACUACCGUGCUGGGGAUGUUGGUUACUUCCCUCAGUCAAACAGUCAUUAUAUAGAGAACACUGGUGAUGAGGAUUUGAUGUUCUUGGAGGUGCUUCAAGCACCCCAGUUUACCGAUAUGGCUCUUGGCCAAUGGCUGGCAUCUACCCCGAAACAGAUUGUGUCAGACACCUUGAAAUUGAGUGAAAGUACUCUUGAUAAGCUCAAAACGGCAAAGCAAUAUGUUGUGGCUAGUACGACUAGCGACUAG